AUGUCAGAAGAAAAUAGAAAAUGUGCUGAAUGUAGAAAAAUUAUAGAGAGCCAUGUUAAAGGGCAGAAAGAAUUAGCAAAAGUAAAAAGAGAACAUGAAAAUAAUAGAAAUAAUUUCCUUGGUUAUAAAAACAGCGAAGAAGCAAAAAAAAAAGAGGAAGAUAUUAAAGUCUUAGAAAAAAAUAUUGAGGUUAAAGAAAAACAACUGCCUGAAUUCACUUGUUUGAAAAAUAGCACUUGUGGAAAAGACGGAACGGCAUAUACGAAAAAUUGCUCUAAAU